AUUUAAAGUUUGCAGAAUUUGCAGGAAAAUCUACCUCAGCAAACUGCAAGACAGUCUCUUGUUUCUAACAGGUGGUCCCCCUGAGUUACAUUUGUAAUAUUAACCGAUGUGGAUUAUUUGGAAGUGGGUACUCUCUAACAUUUGUAGUCUCUGUUUUCUGUGUAUUCGUGGCCCUUUGUUUUCCUCAGAGAUCCCAUGCCUUCGGGAUUCUGCUUUUGACCAUGGUGGCUUUAGGAGCCAGGCCUCAAAUUGCUGGGGAUUGCCGCAAUGGAGGCGCCUCACUGCAGCUUCCCCUUCUCAUAUCCUGAGUACACUCUGUUAUUUCUGUUAUUUUAUUGUCCGUGGUUCUGCUUUCUCAAACCAAACUUCUCUGGUGUUUAAAACUUUAGCUGCAACGUUCCCUGAGAUGGUGACGGGAUUGAAGCUUCCUUAGCUUUGUCCACAUUCAAAUACCUGUUUUGUACUUUGCUCUCUGCCUUCAGGUGUUCGAGAGGUCCUUCUGUCAUCUGUCUACCUACAGACUGAUUUGGUUCGUGGCCGCAGUGAUGCUAUGUAGGGCUCGAGUGCUGACCCAAGAUGAAAGAGAGCAGCUGCACAAACCUGUUUCCUUACGAUGCUUUCUGGAAACUUCCGAGGAAGUCCUGAUUGUGACAUGGCAGAAAAUGAAGGCUUCAAGCCCAGACAACAUGGUCACUUUCAGCAAGGAUCAUGGGGUUGUGCUCCAGCCGGCCUAUAAGGAUAAGAUGAACAUAACUGAGCUGGGACUUAAGAACACAACCAUUACCUUCUGGAAUACCACUCUGGACGAUGAGGGUUGUUACACGUGCCUCUUCAAUACCUUCGGUUCUGGGAAGAUUUCAGGAGUAGCCUGCCUCACCCUCUUUGUACAGCCCAAAGUAUUCGUUCGCUAUAACCUCUCUGAAGACCACCUAAAUGUCACUUGCUCUGCCAAUGCCCGCCCAGCCCCUAUGAUCUCCUGGAAGGUCUCUAUCUCAGGAAUGGAAAACAGUACUGAGGUUAUCACACACCCCAAUGGGACCACGACUGUCAUCAGCAGCCUCCACAUCAAAGAUCCCAAGAGUCAGAUGGGGAAGGAGGUGAUCUGCCAGGUGCUGCACAUGGGAACUGUGACUGACUUCGGGCAAACUGUGAACAAAGGCUUUUGGUUUUCAGUCCCACUACUCUUAAGUAUUGUUUCCCUGGUAAUUCUUCUGAUCUUAAUCUCAAUCUUACUAUACUGGAAACGUCAUCGGACCCAAGACAGAGAGCCCUAGAAGAGUCACAGAACCCUGGAAGUUAUUCUCUGGUCUACUUGAAUCUGACACAGGAGGAAAGCAGGACUAAAAGGUUCAUUCUCCAGGGACCUAUGCGAGCAAAAGAGGUAGAAGUAAAAGGCCUAAGAAUUUCAAGACUUUCUACUGCCAUCUAAGCUAAUCAGUGCUUGUGUGAAUUACAAAAGGAAGUCAUUUUACCUCUCAGGUCUGUUGUAAGGAUUGAUUUUGUAAAGCAAUGCAGUGUUGUGCUGUUGAAUGGACACUGGACUUAGCAUGAGGAGCCGCAGUGUGAGGCUGAUUUUGGCUGAGACUGGUAGCAACCGUGUGUUAAUCACUAGUCCAUUAACUUCCAAGACAGCAUCCAGAAAAUUAAGGAGUUGGACCAGAUAAUUUGCUAUUCUGCUCUAAAAACUGAUGUAAUUCCAGUAGAAAGACAUGAAAAAGAGAGAAGAGAGAAGUUGGGAAGGUUAAGGACCAAAGAACUUUUCUGAGAUUACCUUUUGCUUUUCUGUGGCUGUUCCAUCGCUUCUUCCCUUGCUGUGCUUAGGUCCAUGAGUCUGCUGCCUUGUCCCUUGAUAUCUAGUCCACUCCCUGCUUUCUGCUUUGCCAUAGCUGGUCUCUCUAGAACCCUUGGUUUCACUGCUAUUCUUCAUGUAUUUCUGUGACAGCUAUCACAUUGAAAAUUGGACUGAAUUUAUUGUGAAACAACAUGGCAACCUUAACUUUACUUGCCUAUUUUUAUAGCAGAAUAGACAUUGUUAGUCUUAGGCAGCAACUCACAUUUUUUAAAAAGCAUGCGUUCCUUGUCCAUUUGUCUCAUAAUGUGACCUAGCCCUAUUUUAGUCAUUCGGAAUUCAGACUAGUGUGUAUAAUGAAAAUAUAUUAUGAAACCAGGCAUUUAGGUGUCCUAAAUAGCAGUCGGCCAGUUCAAAUGCGUUGUUCUCCUAGCUUUCUUCUCCCAUGAGUUCACUCUUCACAGUAGCUAGCAGUGGAUGCAUGUGUGGGUGUACAAUUCCCUGUGUUCUAAAUAUAUUGUUUUAACUAGUGGAACACUUUUUGAACUCUUUAAUAAUCAUAAGACCAAAUUAGUGACUUUUUCAGUAUCUUUGGCUCUCUUGUCUCUGUCCAGUGACCUAGAAACUAAAACUUAAGUUGUUUUCACUAUUGAAUUGGAUAUUUAUAUAUUUAGUAAGCUUUUCAGAUGUUAUUUAAUUCUGUGUUAUUUCUUACAUUUGUAUAAGAUACUGAAGAAUUAAAAGUGUGAACUCUAAA